AUGGUGCACGGUGGUUUCCCGGCCAGGCUGGCCGGUUUACCAUCGUGCACCGGUAAACCACCGGGUACCACCGAGGUACCAUCGAGCUUCGCCGGAAACCGGCAGGCUCAGCUAUUUCCGACGGUGUUCCAGCCCCCCACAGCGGGCGCCUGCGCAGCCGUGGCGGACGAGCAGGUGGCCAUCAGCGCGACGCCGGGCGUCAGCGCCGGCAGCGACGCCGAGGCCCCGUCUUUGACGGACUUCACCUUUGCCAGGGUUGGCGCCGAGUGCUGCUGCUGCUGCGUCGGCGGCGAUGUCUUUGCAGCCGCCAGCAGCGGCAGCGGCGGCGACAGCGUCGGGGACAGCGGGCACAGCGGCGGCGGCGGGGACGGCGGCAGCAGCGACAGCGUCGGCAGCAGCGGCAGCGACAGCGGCGGCGGCGACAGCAGCAGCAACAGCAGCGGCAGCGACAGCAGUGGCAGCAGCAGCUGCGGCAGCAUCAGCGCCGCCACUGCGGCGGGCGGGCCUCCCGUUGGCGGCGCUCCU